AUGUUGAACGUGCUAUUGAGGAAGAACGGCCUUGGUUUGGUGUCUAAGAGAGGGUUGGCUACAGCCACAGCAGCUGCAGCUACGCACACCCCUAGAAUGAAAACCUUCAAAAUUUACAGAUGGAACCCAGAUGAGCCUAGUGCUAAACCUCAUUUGCAGUCAUAUCAAGUGGAUUUGAACGAUUGUGGGCCCAUGGUGCUGGAUGCGUUGUUGAAGAUCAAAGACGAACAGGAUGCUACCCUAACUUUCAGAAGAUCAUGUAGGGAAGGUAUUUGUGGUUCAUGCGCCAUGAAUAUUGGUGGCAGAAACACUUUAGCUUGUAUAUGUAAGAUUGACCAGAACGAAUCCAAACAAAUUAAGAUUUACCCAUUACCUCACAUGUUUAUCGUCAAGGACUUGGUGCCUGAUUUGACUAAUUUCUACCAACAAUACAAAUCUAUUCAGCCUUACUUGCAAAGAUCAUCGUUCCCAAAAGACGGAACAGAGGUGCUGCAAAGUAUUGAAGACCGUAAGAAAUUAGAUGGUCUCUACGAGUGUAUUUUGUGUGCAUGUUGUUCUACUGCAUGUCCAUCGUACUGGUGGAAUCAAGAGCAAUAUCUGGGCCCUGCUGUGCUAAUGCAAGCUUACCGUUGGCUCGUUGAUUCCAGAGAUCAGGCCACAAAGACGAGGAAGGCCAUGCUAAACAAUUCUAUGUCUUUAUACAGAUGUCAUACCAUCAUGAACUGUACAAGAACUUGUCCAAAGGGUUUGAAUCCUGGUUUGGCCAUUGCCGAAAUCAAGAAAUCUUUGGCUUUUGCCUAG